UUUGCCCGGCUAUGACGUCACGCGUGGACAGUAAAUUUUUUGCAUUUUAUUUUUUACAUUUUUAUCGCAAUUAUCUGCAAAUACUUGACUAAACAUAAAUAAAUGCGUUAAUCAGGGCUAUACAAUGUCGCCGGCGAUUGCAUUGAGUGGUUAAAGGCCCAACCACAAAGGCAAAACAAUCACAAAUCGACGAGGCAUAAAGAAGCUAAGAAGAGCCCCACAGGAAAGUCUUAAAAAUAGUCUUAGCGUAGAGCUGAAGCUACCAAAAUUUAAACAGUUUUGUUACCAACACAUCUGGAUCUGCUACUUCUAAUGGACUACUCUAAAACCAAAAUGGAAGUGCCAGUUCAUCCGCUGAGCCAGGAUCCCACGGCCGCUUGGCGGGACAUCAGCAAAUCGCAGCGGGUGAUCAAGGUGACGAUGAAGCCACCCACCACCACAGUGGCACCCAACAAGGCCCGAGUAGUGUGCAUGUCCGACACCCACUCUCUGACCCCGUACAUCAAGUUCGACAUCCCAGAUGGCGACAUAUUCAUCCAUGCGGGGGACUUCACCAAGUGCGGCCAGUUGGAGGAGGUGGAGGAGUUCAACACUUGGAUUGGAGCUCUGCCGCAUCGCCACAAGAUCGUGAUUGCCGGCAAUCAUGAGCUGAGUUUCGACAGAACCUUCACCCAUCCUUUCCAGAAGAAUCAGGGCAAAGGUCAUGCUUCGAGCAGCAAACACACUGGCAUGUCCAUUCUGGAUGAUCUGCCCACCUUGGGCAAUGCCAAGGAGAAUCUGGAGAACGCUGUGCAGACGCAGAAUGUCCGAGGAGUUCUGACCAACUGUCGGUAUCUGGAGGAUGAAUUGCUGGAGAUUUGGGGCAUUCGUAUUUAUGGAUCUCCCUGGCAGCCGGAGUUCUGUCGCUGGGCCUUCAAUGUCCCCCGAGGUCCGGCCUGUUUGGAGAAAUGGAACCAAAUACCUGAGGGCAUCGAUAUUCUGGUCACCCACACCCCACCCGUCGGUCAUGGAGAUCUUUGCUGUUCCGGCGUAAGAGCGGGAUGCGUGGAACUACUCAGCACAGUGCAGCAACGUGUCCGCCCGAAAUACCAUGUUUUCGGACAUGUUCACGAAGGCUAUGGCAUUACCAGCGACGGCAGGAUUAUCUUCGUGAAUGCAUCCACUUGUGACAUCAAUUACCUACCCAACAAUGCCCCCAUCGUUUUCGAUGUGACCCUGCCCCCAGGCUUUCGCAAGGAUUAGCGUGCCUAGAAUGAUAUUUACCCGCGUUUGUUUCCGGAUCAAUGAAUUUACUUUGUUUUAAACUUACUUUUACUUUUACUUUAUGUUCCAGUUAAGAUUAAGUGUCUACAGAGAUUUGUCAACACAAAUACAGGUGCCUCGAGGAUUCUCAUUGAACAAUCACUCUCUAUAGAUUCAAAAUCAUCAUUAAGGCGCCAUAUAUAAUUUAUUUAAGUAGAGUUAAAACCGAUUUGUAGAGGUUUUUAAAAGAUUGUCAAGUAUAAAAAUCUUUAAUAAA